AUGCUAAGGAAGCGCACGGAUCCACCCGAAUGUGCAACAAUAUUCGGGUCGUUGGAUGCUCUUCCCUAUGCCAAUAGGGAUCCGUGCUCUUCCUUAGCAUUUGUGUGCAGGCACGGCCGUCGUCGCGGGCGCCCCGCCCCAUCCUCCCUCCUUCCAUCACCCCGCCCCAUCCUCCCGCUUUCCAUCACCCCGCCCCAUUCUCCCGCUUUCCAUCACCCCGCCCCACUCUCCCGCGUUCCAUCACUCCGCCCCAUUCUCCCGCUUCCAUCACCCCGCCCCAUUCUCCCGCUUUCCAUCACCCCACCCCAUUCUCCCGCUUUCCAUCACCCCGCCCCAUUCUCCCGCUUUCCAUCACCCCGCCCCAUUCUCCCGCUUUCCAUCACCCCGGCCCAUUCUCCCUCUUUCCAUCACCCCGCCCCAUUCUCCCUCUUUCCAUCACCCCGCCCCAUUCUCCCGCUGUCCAUCACCCCGCUCCAUUCUCCCGCUUUCCAUCACCCCGCCCCAUUCUCCCGCUUUCCGUCACCCCGCCCCAUUCUCCCGCUUUCCAUCACCCCGCCCCAUUCUCCCACUUUCCAUCACCCCGCCCCAUUCUCCCGCUUCCCAUCACCCCGCCCCAUUCUCCCGCUUUCCAUCACCCCGCCCCAUUCUCCUGCUUUCCAUCACCCCGCCCCAUUGUCUCGCUUUCCAUCACUCUGCCCCAUUCUCCCGCUUUCCAUCACCCCGCCCCAUUCUCCCGCUUUCCAUCACCCCGCCCCAUCCUCCCUCCUUCCAUCACCCCGCCCCAUCCUCCCGCAUUCCAUCACCCCGCCCCAUUCUCCCGCAUUCCAUCACCCUGGAAGCGCUCGUUCUGAGCGUUUUUCUUCUGCCGGGCACGGCCGUCGUCGCGGGCGCCCCGCCCCAUCCUCCCUCCUUCCAUCACCCCGCCCCAUCCUCCCGCUUUCCAUCACCCCGCCCCAUUCUCCCGCUUUCCAUCACCCCGCCCCACUCUCCCGCGUUCCAUCACUCCGCCCCAUUCUCCCGCUUCCAUCACCCCGCCCCAUUCUCCCGCUUUCCAUCACCCCACCCCAUUCUCCCGCUUUCCAUCACCCCGCCCCAUUCUCCCGCUUUCCAUCACCCCGCCCCAUUCUCCCGCUUUCCAUCAUCCCGGCCCAUUCUCCCUCUUUCCAUCACCCCGCCUCAUUCUCCCUCUUUCCAUCACCCCGCCCCAUUCUCCUGCUUUCCAUCACCCCGCCCCAUUCUCCCGCUUUCCAUCACCCCGCCCCAUUCUCCCGCUUUCCAUCACCCCGCCCCAUUCUCCCGCUUUCCAUCACCCCGCCCCAUUCUCCCGCGUUCCAUCACUCCGCCCCAUUCUCCCGCUUCCAUCACCCCGCCCCAUUCUCCCGCUUUCCAUCACCCCGCCCCAUUCUCCCGCUUUCCAUCACCCCGCCCCAUUCUCCCGCUUUCCAUCACCCCGCCCCAUUCUCCCGCUUUCCAUCACCCCGGCCCAUUCUCCCUCUUUCCAUCACCCCGCCCCAUUCUCCCACUUUCCAUCACCCCGCCCCAUUCUCCCGCUGUCCAUCACCCCGCUCCAUUCUCCCGCUUUCCAUCACCCCGCCCCAUUCUCCCGCUUUCCAUCACCCCGCCCCAUUCUCCCGCUUUCCAUCACCCCGCCCCAUUCUCCCACUUUCCAUCACCCUGCCCCAUUCUCCCGCUUCCCAUCACCCCGCCCCAUUCUCCCGCUUUCCAUCACCCCGCCCCAUUCUCCUGCUUUCCAUCACCCCGCCCCAUUGUCUCGCUUUCCAUCACCCUGCCCCAUUCUCCCGCUUUCCAUCACCCCGCCCCAUUCUCCCGCUUUCCAUCACCCCGCCCCAUCCUCCCUCCUUCCAUCACCCCGCCCCAUCCUCCCGCAUUCCAUCACCCCGCCCCAUUCUCCUGCAUUCCAUCACCCUGGAAGCGCUCGUUCUGGGCGUUUUUCUUCUGCCGGGUCACCAGGCUGAGCUUGUCUAG